AUGGCUCCCGUCUCUUCGAAGACCAACUUCAAGACCUACGAUGCGCAGGCUCGUCUGCUCCGCGCCAUUGUUGCCGCUCAUCCCGAAGUUAGAUGGAACUACAAAGAGAUUGUCAAGCAUUUUGGUUCCGACAUGACCGAGUAUGCCCUUGAUCAUCGUUUUCGAGCCAUCAAGACGCACUCCAAGAUUGUAAAGGAUGCUGUCUCUCAGGGGGUUGACUGCAUCAACAUCCCUGGAGACUUGCCCAAGGACAAGAAGGACAUUGCCAAAUUCUUUGGCGAGUCUACUGCCGAUGGCAUCCAGUUCCAGUUCCGCAGCAUCAAGAAAGAUGCCGACUCUCUGAAGCAGACCGCCAACAGCGGCGGCAACCCAGCUACGGCCCUAAACCUGUCAGGUGGGGGCCCGUCCAGUGCUUUGUCGACGCCUCGCAAGGCUACCCCGUCGAAGCCACGCGCCUCAGGCGGCGGCCGCUCGACAGCCAAGAAGGCCAAUCCUAUCAAGCUCCAGCCGCUGAGUGAUGCGGACGAUGACGAGGAUGAUGACGUCGAUUAUAAUGCACUCGAGGACACCCCUUCCAAGUCGCGCGUCCGCGAUCGCGUUGUCGACGGCCGUAUCGCCAAGAAUACCAGCCGCCGCAGCAACACCCCAAGCCGUGCCGCUACUAUCGCCGCGGCUGCCAGUAUCUCUCAAGCUGCUGCCGUUGACCUGACCACCUCUGACAGCGAGGUUAACACCCCUGAUAACACUACCGGCUACGAGCCUGCUCCUGCCGAUGCGAAGCCCGCCUUUCUGCAACAGCAACAGCAGCCGCAGCAUCAGCAACAGGCGGAACAACACUUGGCGCAGCCUAUGGUUCAGCCGGCUGCGAGCUUCUACGCACCCUCCAGCUUCUCCCAGGAAUCAAGCGCUGACAUCUUCUUCGGCAAUGCUUCUGACGACCUUUUGCACCCUAGUUUCGUCGACAGCUUCGCUGACGGAUACUUGGACAAUGAUGGCAUUGGUGAAAUUUGA